UCUUUGAUUUGGUUUCUUUUGUUCUUUAACUUUGGUAGACAGACCCAAAUGGUUAUAGUGAUGAUUAAUGGAUUUACAUAGUGGUAGGUGUGAUUGUUGCUAUUGAUCUUGGUUUGAGACCCCAAAGUAGUUUUCAACAUUGCAAAAUUGGGUUACAUGUUAAGACUUUCAUCAAAACUAACUCUAUGUUUACUUGAAAUGGACAAGCCACAUUAUGCUCAAGACAAGAUUAUUUGAAAUUCCAUAUAAGGUUGUGUUUAAAUCAAGGAUUUAAGGUGGGAAUUGCAGAGGGACAAGAAAAAACAACGGAAAAGUCAAUGAAAUAGAAGCUAAAUUUUUGUGACAUUUUCCCUUUCCUUUUCUUUUCCCUUCUUAAAUCUAUGUUCAAAUCCUAGAUCCAAACACAGCUUUAGUGUAUAAAAAUUGAGGGAAGUUUGUAAGUUCAAAUUGAUUUUAAAGGUGUUGGGGAAAUGAAGAAUGUGGUGCUUGAAAUUUAAUAUUACUCUAUUGAGACUUUGGACUAAUCAUCAUUCAGCAAUAGUUACCUAUCUGCAUAGCAUGUCCUUAAACAUUAAGGUCCCUCCUUAGCAAAUUUUUUUUAUUUCAAAGAGUAAACUGCUUUACAUUUGUUAGGGUAACAGAUCUAUGUCCUAGCUAGUGGUGGCAGCCAGCAACUCCCAUGCAUAAUUUUCCUUCUUGGAUGGCUUUUUGUAUUUCCUAAGUUUCAGUUGGUGCCCCAUCGUUUUUUUUUUUUUGGAACUACGGAAGUUCAUUCAGAUAUGAAACUGUAGUUUGCUUGCGUAAUUGAACAUGUGAAGUGUGAUUACAACUUAAGCCGAUCUCAAUUUAUGCACUGAUUUGAAAUUUUUUUGAUCAUUUUUGAAAAACUGAUUAUGACUUGAGUACCUUUUGUGUGCACAAGUUUCAGGUCAAGCCUAAAAUACUCAAUACUGAAGCCUUUGAUUCCUUGUAUCUUAUUAAAGGCCAGGACUAUACGCGUGAACAUGAAACAUUAUAGUUUUAUGAUAUAUCUGAAUAUAUUAUUUUCUGUUCUUCUUGCAUAUAGACAGAUUUUGAUACACACAUUUAUUGUAUAACCAUGUAUUUAGAAAUUCAGAUGACUUUGGUGUUGCAUACUACUCUGAAGUUGUCGUAGAAUGGUGGUGCAGGAAUGACAUCUUAAAACAUCAGGGGUUUAAUAAGAUUUUCUGUAGCAAACUUCAUGUGUUUGUUGUAUCUGUGUCAGUGCCUCUGUGUUCUCAAAUUUGGUUUGGUUACUGUGGCUCAAUUCAACGUUUUGAAAUUGUUGUAAUUAGUAGCAAAGAAAAUGCUUUAGAAGAAUUUGGAUUAGAGUACAGCACAUAGCUAUCAAAGUGCCCAAAUAUUGGCCAUACCCCUCGGUUUGUGACUUGAUUUCAAUGAGCAUGCCAUAAAUAGAAUAGAAAUUCAUUCUAGCUAAUCUUGGUUUUUUCCCAUUGACAAAUGUUAUUAGGCUGUGAGAUGGCUUAUUCAGCAAUUUAUGAACUUGCUGGGUGUUGGAUGUUCUUAUGGACAAGUUCUUCAUCAGUUCAUCUUCAUAAACACAUGUAGAGAGGGGUUUAUAAUGUGUAUAGUUUUGCACAUGAAGCAAUGUGCUUAUAUCUAUCCAUGUUGAAUAUCAUGUUUGUUGAUGAGUGCUCACUGAUUUUUCUUUUUUUCUUUUUUUCCCUCUGCAGUGCAGAAAAGUUCCUGAUAUACAGAAGUGAGAAUCAAGACUAAGGUGUGAUGACCUCAGAAAGGGAAGAUUUCAACCUUACAGGUCCCUUGCACCUAACCGAUGUUGACUGGAAAAAUGUGGAUCACCGAAGGUCUGUGGCUGCCUGUUUGGUUCAGGGUGUCUACAUAUUAGAGCGGGACCGCCAGGAGAAUAGGCAAGGGCCUGAAGCUCUUGCUACUCCUUGGUGGGAGUUAUUCCAUUUCCGAUUACAUAGUCAGCUUGUGGAUGAUGCUGAUCAUUGCAUCUUUGGUGCCAUCUAUGAAUUUAAAUCAGCAUGUGACUGCAACCACUUAACAAACGGAAGUCCACGUUAUGUAAUCGCCUUCCGAGGCACCCUAACCAAAGGAGACGCUUUUUUACGAGAUCUCGAAAUGGACAUCCACAUUAUAAAAAAUGGACUGCACCGGACAUCCCGGUUCGAGAUUGCCAUGCAAGCUGUGCGGAACACAGUUGCUGAAUUUGGAAACUCGAAUAUCUGGUUAGCUGGCCAUUCCCUGGGAGCAGCCAUGGCAAUGCUUGCUGGAAAGACUAUGGCGAAGAUGGGAGUUUUUCUCGAAGCUUUUCUCUUUAACCCGCCAUACUUGUCCGCGCCAAUUGAGAGAAUCAAGGAUGAGAAAGUGAAGCAUGGGAUCCGGAUUGCAAGCAGUUUCCUCGCUGCAGGACUCACUGUUGCUUUGAGGGCUCGACAGCAGAAGAAUUUAUCAGAAGAUCCAUUUGUAGCUUUGUCUGCAUGGGUUCCAUGUCUAUUUGUCCAUCCUGGGGAUCACAUUUGCUCAGAGUACGUUGGGUACUUUGAACACAGGAAGAAAAUGGAGGAAAUCGGAGCAGGAGAGGUCGAGAGGUUAGCCACACAGAAUUCAUUCAGGGGCCUUCUUAUGAGCGCAAUGGGGAAGGAGUCAGAAGAGCCUCUACACCUCAUUCCUUCAGCCAAUCUGGUAGUUAAUUUAAUUCCUGCACAAGACUUCAAAGAAGCUCAUGGAAUUCAUCAAUGGUGGAGACCUGAUCUGGACUCACAUUCUAAGGUUUACAACUACAGAUAGUUGUUGCUGUUGUCGUCGUCGUUGUUUUUUUGGUUAUGCUUUUGUGGCAUUAAUGGAGGAGAUAGAUUUUUGGUUUUCCUUGUAAUGUGUGUUGAGGCAUAGGGUUAUGUUUCGAUGUAAUCACUUGUUUACUAGAUCUCAGUUGUGUAAAUUUUGAUGUAUUGCUUGGGAAAAAGAAAGUAAUCUGUUGUCAAUACUUGUAUAUGGGGAGAUCCAUAUCCAGUUAGUUUGCAGUUGAAUUGGAAAUAUGCAUAUAAUUUUCAGAAACUCCCAGUUUUGUUGAUUUU